AUUCUUCGUAAACCACUAUGGACCAACUAACCGCUGACCAGUUGGCUGCCCUGGCCCGGGAUGACAAAGGCCCUCUCACAAAGUCCAUUGUCAUUGCUUUCACGGUACUUUCCUAUGUCGCCGUAAGCCUACGGCUGUUCACUCGUAUGCGAUACAUCGGACUGCAGCUCGGUUGGGAGGAUUAUGCAAUAGUGGUGUCCUUGGCGACAGGCACUGUUGCGAGCGUUUUCCAGGUUCUUCAGGCCGACGCAGGCAAUGGCAAGCAUGCAAUCUUCAUCGAGUUUCCUGAAGGGUUCCGGCCAAUCCUCAAGUACCUGUUUUGGAGCAUCAUCUUUUAUAACAUCAGCCUUACCUUUACAAAGAUAUCUAUCCUGCUUCAAUACGGCCGAAUCUUUACCGUACGCAAGAUGCGCAUACCACUGCACAUUAUCAUGGCAAUGUGUAUCGCAUGGGGAGUUGCUAUGAUCAUCAUAGCGGUAUAUACAUGUGAACCCCUUCCUGCCAAAGAUGGUGGACCGAAACAAUCUUCGUGCGUGGAAGGCUCAAUUAUCUGGUUCGUCAAUGCGGCCGUAAACAUCCUCACAGAUCUUCUUGUGGCCUUCCUUCCUGUAAAGGUCAUCUGGAACCUGCAAAUUGCCAAACGCCCAAAGAUAGCCCUCGUCAUGAUUUUGACAAUUGGAUGUUACACCACCUACUACAGUGCACCGGUGGCGUACUGGUCCUCGAUCGAAAUGAAUCUGGCUAUUGUUUGUGCAUCGCUACCAGCACUCAAGCCACUCAUGGUCAAGAUCCUACCUGGCUUCUCAACUCGCGGCGGCAGCAACAACAGCUACGGGCCGGGAACGGAUGGACUAGACAAAUCCAAAAGCAUGAUCCACGGCGUCAGAAGCACCGCUAGGCGCGCAGGCGUUGAUGAUAUUGAGUUGGGUUCGUCUUCCCACGCGGUUCGCCCAGACAAGUCCAGCGAUGACAACAUCUUGGGCAAAAACAUUUACGUUUCUCGACACUUUGAGCAGCACUAUGACGACAGCUCGAGGAUUAGCGAUAGCGAGAGCCAGAAAGACCUCGUACGACACUGA